UUGAAUCACACUAAUUAAAGCAUUGAGUUUACCAAUAUGGCUUCCUUAACCACCCUCCCGCUGCUCCUCCUCCUCAGCCUCUUCACCUCCGGCUACGCCGCCACCUUUGAAAUCCGUAACAACUGCCCCUUCACCGUUUGGGCGGCGGCGACGCCCGUCGGUGGCGGCAAGCAACUUGACCAAAGCCAAAGCUGGACGAUUGACGUUCCGGGCGGGACGCGAAUGGCACGUAUAUGGGGUCGAACAAAUUGCAACUUUGAUGCUAGCGGAAGGGGCUCAUGCCAAACCGGCGAUUGCGGCGGGGUGCUACAAUGCACCGGCUGGGGCAAGCCGCCGGCUACCCUCGCCGAAUUCACCCUAACCGGCGACAACAAUUUCGACACCAUUGACAUCUCGCUCAUCGAAGGCUUUAACGUCCCCUUGAGUUUCGCCCCCACCAAGCCCGGCGCCGACAAAUGCCAUGCAAUCUCAUGCACGGCUGACGUCAACGGCCAAUGCCCCGCCGCUCUGAAGGUUGACGGCGGUUGUAACAACCCUUGCACCACUUUCGGAGGACAACAAUAUUGUUGCAACGAGGGACCAUGUAGUCCUACUGAUUAUUCAAAGUUUUUCAAGGGAUUGUGCCCCGACGCUUAUAGUUAUCCUCAAGAUGAUCCAAGCAGCACUUUCGGUUGCCCUGCUGGAUCUACUGAUUACAGUGUUGUCUUCUGCCCAUGAAGUAGUUAAAUAUCGAUUAGUGGAAGUAUUAAUUAUGAUCUUAAGAAUAAAGGCUUUCAUUUGUACUCAAAUGGUAUAUUGUGUACUAUGCAAGAAUAAAGGCUUCCUAGUAGAAUAUAUAAAUAAAGAUUACAUAUGGUAUCUGAUCGAAAUUUGUGUUCGAUCAAUUCAAAACCACAAAGUCAUGCGCGCAAUUAAUGAAACUUCCACUUUUCUUUCUUU